AGGAUUCAGUGAAGGAAAUGAUGCUGCGAGUCUCCUCCAAUCAAAACGAAACUCAGGGAGGGGUCGGCCUGAAAGCAAAAGCUGAGCCUGUUUGUGAAGCUGCUGUGGUUGCAAUGCAAGGCCAGAGGAUGCUGAUGCUGAAGAAGAGUAACCAUCACUGAAACUGGAAGGCAGUUUUAGGCAACAAAUACCUCUGAACGUAUCUUCUCACAUUGUGACUUGACGCCUCAUCAAUAAAAAACAUUCCUGGCUGGACCAUGAAAUCUUUUUAGCAGUAAAGAAUUGACAGAAGACAAAUCCAUUGUUUUCUACAUCUACAUCAAACCUGUGUUGGUAAUUGUCUGGAAUACCAAAGACGAUGGAGAACAGAACUACCUCGGGAUGGAGUUGUUGGAGGCACAGCAGCUAUUUAAUUGGGGCCUCCUCCACUUUUUUAUCUACGGUUUUCACCUUUCCCAUUUACAAGACCAUUUUCCGCCAGCAGCUCCACACCUCCACCGUCCAGGUGGCGGUCAAGCAGCUGAAGAGAGAAGGUAUGAAACAACUAUUCCGAGGUCUGGCACCCCCACUCAUGGCAAAGACCGUCCAGGGCACUCUGCUCUUUGGCACCCAAGGAAGUCUCCAAAAUCUUCUCUUAGGGGUUAACACACCAGGAGCUCUAACUCCGGCCCUUUCUGGUUGCCUAUCUGGGGCCAUAGAAGCUGUCCUGCUUGUGCCAUUCGAAAGGAUGCAGAAUAUUUUGCAGGAUGGGCGCAAUACAGCUCGUUUUCCAAGCGCCGCGUCAGUCGUGCAAGAGUUCUGGACUUAUAACACCAACCAAAAUUUCUCAUGUGGAAUUUACAGAGGUUUCUCAAUAAUACUUGUCAGGAACGCCCUGGGUAGCGCCAUUUUUCUUUCUUGUAAGGAGCCAAUAAGAGACUUGCUAAGCCUUCAAGGACUUCCGAGUUGGGCGCCUUCUCUGGGAUCUGGAUCGUUCAUCGGUGCUUUUACCUCUCUGGUGCUUUAUCCGUUGUCUGUUUUAGUUGCAAAUAUGCAGGCGGAGGUGGGAAAAGAUCUUCCGAGUGUAAGAGAAGUAGCGAAGACAGUGUGGAAAAAUUGUGGCGGGAGGGUGUCGUUGUUGUACCGCGGGGCCUCUCUCAUUAUUGUCCGAUCUUGCGUUACUUGGGGUGUCACCAAUUCCAUUCAUGAUACGCUCAGUAGACAACAUAGCCCCAAGUAAGAAGAUAACUAUGACCAUAAAUAAGCCAUACUAAACCUCAGAUGAAUUUGAAGGACCUAUAGUUUCCUAUGUUGAAUACGGUACCACUGGGCCAAAAGUCACAAGUGUUUCAAAGAUGGCGCUGCCAAAAACUUAACGCCAAAUUCCAAGCAGAACAAAGAUUGCACUAAUCCAAAAGAAAUGCCUUCCCGUAGCACAAUUCUUCUUUCCUUUGGUUCAUUGUCAAGCAGACCUUUUAGAGCACGGGUGUCAAACACAAGGCCCGUGGGCCGAAUGCGGCCCUCCGGGCCAUUUCAUGUGC